GCUGAAUCCACGAUGAUUCCACGUUGGAAUCGAGUGAAGAAGAAAUAAAAAAAAUAGAGGAAUGACCCUGAUGUGUUCGUUCUCAUCGGCGAGAGUGGCCUUGUCGUAUCGACAAGAGUUAGCAUUUUUUUUUGUUCUCCGUUUCUUCAUUCUCCUCCUCCGAAGGGACAUCGUCGAUCGAAAAAAUCGAAUCCGUAUUGUUCCUCGUCGGGAUCUCCAGAGCCGUUAUGAUUACGUGAUAGUCGGGGGCGGUUCCGCCGGUUGUGUCCUGGCGAAUCGUCUCUCUGAGAACGCUAAUUGGACUGUUCUGCUGCUUGAGGCUGGUGGAGAUGAGACAAUACUCACUGAUGUGCCACUAUUUUUUCCUACACUCCAGCACACUGCCUUGGACUGGCGAUUCAAGACAGAGCCAUCUGGUAACUACUGCAGGGGAAUGAAUCGGGGACAGUGCAAUUGGCCCAGGGGAAAAGUCCUCGGUGGAUCCAGUGUUUUGAAUGCUAUGCUGUACGUCAGGGGCAACAGAAAGGAUUACGAUGGAUGGAGAGAUGCUGGCAAUCCCGGGUGGGAUUAUGAGAGUGUUCUUCCGUAUUUCAAGAAGUCGGAGAAUUUUUCUGUUGAGGGAGUGCGGGAUUCCCAGUUUCAUGGGCAUGAUGGACCUCUCACUGUUGAACGCUUCAGAUAUCAAUCUCCGGUAUCUCAGUAUUUUCUUCAAGCAGGGCGGGAAAUGGGUUACGACGAUCUGGACAUCAACGGUCACCAGCAAUCAGGAUUCUCCCAGUCUUAUGGAACCCUUCGAGAGGGUCUCCGAUGCAGUGCAGCCAAAGCCUUCCUACGGCCAGCCUCCCACAGGAGGAAUCUCCACAUUAUGACCCACUCGAUGGUCGAGGAGAUCCUCAUCGAGGAGACGUCCAAGACUGCGUAUGGGGUGAGAUUCAGGAGGAGACGAGGACGAAAGCGCAUUGUCCACGCGAAUAGAGAGGUGAUCCUCUCUGCUGGGUCCGUCCAGUCUCCCCAGCUCCUGAUGUUGUCCGGUGUUGGACCCAGGGAGCACCUCGAGGACGUUGGGAUUCGGGUGAUCAAGGAUUCAGCAGGGGUGGGGAGGAAUCUGCAGGAUCAUAUAGCCAUUGGUGGAAUGACUUAUCUCAUUGAUCCCCCAGGCGACGAUGACAGCCCCUACGGCUUCGCCUGUGUUCUUCCGAAGCUAUUGACUAUAUACUCUAUUAAGGAAUUUAUUGUUGAUAGAACUGGCCCUUUGCAUACUCUGCCUGUUUGCGAUGUCAUGGGAUUCAUCAAAACCAAAUUCGCUAAUGUCUCCGAGGACUUCCCAGAUAUCCAGAUAUUUCUCGCCUCGGCAGCGGACAAUUCAGACGGCGGACUCCAUGGUAUGCGUGACUGUGGCCUCCAAUCGGAAAUUUAUUCCCAAGUAUACGAGCCACUUCUCUGGAGAGAAGCCUACAACGUAGUGCCCCUCCUCCUACGCCCCCGUAGCCGGGGUUACAUUAAACUGAGGACUCCCAGCCCCUACGAAAAACCCAUAAUCGUUGCCAACUACUUUGAAGACCCGCGUGACCUGGACAUUCUCGUGGAAGGUGCUAAAUUCGUGCAUUCCAUGAGCCAGACGAAGACGAUGAGGAGUCUGAAUGCGUAUAUUAAUCCAAAUGUCAUACCGGAAUGUGCGAAAUUUGAAUUUCUCUCCGAUGAUUUUUGGAGAUGUCAAGCGAGAUCGUACACAAUGACAAUUUAUCAUCCGGUUGGUACGUGCAAAAUGGGAUCGGUUGAGGAUCCAAUGGCGGUUGUUGAUGCUCGAUUGAGGGUCCACGGUAUCAAGGGACUUAGAGUUGUCGAUGCGUCUAUUAUGCCAACUAUUGUCAGCGGCAAUACUAAUGCCCCGACGAUUAUGAUCGCUGAGAAAGCUGCUGAUAUGAUCAAGGAGGAUUGGAAUCAUUAAGAAAAUUCUAAGAAUUUUAAUGAGAUACCCAGAAGAUUUCAUGGGAUUUGAAAUUCCUCUGAUUUUUUCCUCAUAUCAAUUCCAAGUCUAUCACUGCAAAAUCCAGUCACACUUGUUAGCAGCGAAAAAAAUGUUAAAAAUUAAAUUAAAAAAAAUAGAGUGAUCCACAUUUAUUUAGGGGAAAGAUUGAUUGCAACGUUCGAUGGAAGCGUGAACAAUCCCGGAGUCCCUCAACACUUCAGUGAAACUAUUUGAAACCUACAAUCGUCCAAAAUUAUAAAUUCAAAUGUCUACCUGUGCGAUAUUGUCUGGCGGUCUAAAGUGAGACCUUCCUCUAGGAAAAUUUAUCACCUAAUAAUCGCGCGUGAAGUAGAUCCUGUUGACUGAAUGACGAUGAUGAUGAAGAGAACCACCGACAAAAUCAGUUGAAUAACAACCACUCGAGUCUCACGUUCGUCUUCCUCCCGUAUUUUUUACCCGUUUGCGCGAUUAAUGAGGAAUAUAUUCAAAUGACACAUCAAUGCGGUUUAUCGCUUAAUAAUAACCAAUCAACUCAUACAGGUACUGAUGACUCUCUCAUUGAGGAAAAAGCGAGUACAAAAUGUAAGAAAAAAGAUGUUUGAACAAUCGCGUCAAAUUAUUUUUUCUCGAAGUCCGAGUCCUGAAUAAUUUUUCACCAAAUUUCUGUAUUUUUCUAAAUAAAAUGAAUACC